AUGACUGAUCGACUCAUAUCAAAUGUAUUGGGAAAAUAUCUUUCCGUUUUUAUCAAAAAUUGGGGAAAAGAAGCUCUGUCCUUGUCGUUUCUAAAAGGAACAGGUGCUCUUACAAAUCUUCAAGUGAAUGAGCAAGUAAUUCAAGAAGUUCUUCCGAUUGAUUUUCUUCAAGUGAUGGAUGCUCAUGUUAAUCAACUUUCAAUACGAUUGCCUGGUAUUACACGGCUCACAAAUGAUCCCAUUAUCCUCACAUUGGAUCGACUCAUCAUUAAUCUGGAAGAACCGAUAAAGCCAUUCGUUAAAAAGACACCUCUAAAGGAUUUUAUAGACAAAAAUAGAGGGUCUCAAGGUGAUGACACAUCAAAAAGUUCAACCGGAACAAGCAAGUAUGGAUUUGUGGAUAGAAUUAUCGAUGGUAUAAAAAUUGUAGUUAAUUGGGUGGAAAUUAACGUUAAAACGUUGGGACAAAUUCCAUCGACAGUGAUUGGACCGUAUACACCUCAUGUAUUACAAAUUUUAGUGAAAGGAUUUUCACUACAAACAACAGAUUAUAGGUUUAAACCAGUGACAGAUUUGAAAAUUGCAAUUCCAAAAGUUGAAAAGAAUCAUCCAUUCGUGUGGGUUCAUCGUUUAGGAUCUGUAGAAUCCAUCUCUAUUUCACUCAUUCCAAGCUUGAGUUUUUAUCCAUCAAAUCAGAAAAAGCCACCUACGUUUGUACCUCUUCCUCCCAUCCGAUUAUUAGAGGAUAUUUAUUGUCAAAUGUUUAUAACUAUGAAAAAAAGAGCUGUAACUGUUGGAAAACAAUCCUCUCUACUGAGCGUGACAGCAGAAAUUGUACUUCCUCGGAUUGCUAUUACAUUAAGGCAAGAAGAUAUCAAAGGCUUAAUAAGCGUUUUACUAGCUUUUAAAGCAGCGUCGGCAAGAGAGGAUUUAAAGCAGCCCAAAGAUGUUCUUUCUACCUAUGUAAAAAAACACAAGAGAUCCAAUAGUCAAACAAGUCUCUCGAGCAAGAACUCAAUGACAACCACCAAUUCAGGAAAACAAUCCAAGGCUAUUUCCAAAUUUUUUGUUGAUUCUAAUGAUGUUGAGGCUGAAGAAGACUCUGACGAUGAAGCCAAAUUAGAAGAGGAGUUAGCUGAAUUGGAUUCUGAUUUAGGUGACAUGGAAAUUAUAAAUGAUGAAACAAUCAAAAAAGCAAACGCACAACCUCAAGAAGCAGCUCGAAAGACUAUAGUUGUAAAUUUAAACGAAUUUCAAAUGACAUUCCUGUAUAGUCGUGAUAGCAAUAAUCAACCAAAGCAAGUGGUAGGAAGAGAGAAUAAGCGAGUUCUUGGAUACUUUUUUGAAAUGUUGGGUUUUCAACUUGGGGUUGUAAUUCCAGAGGACAAUCCCACAGAAACGAACAUUCAACUCGGAAUACCAUUUAUACAAUUUAAAGAAAUUACAACAAGCUUUAAAGGACAAGGAAGUUUAACAGAAAAUGCAACAUCUUUCUUGGAUUUGGAACUGAUUAGCAAUCUCAACACAGUUGACAAUGAAUUGAAGGAUGAAAAUUAUUUGAUUCAACCUCAAAUUUUCCGUGAUGAAUAUGAAGAAGAUGAGCUCAUUAGUCAUACAAACAGAUUGAAUUCUCCAAGUCAGCCUCACCACCACGGAUACACUGUAAAUUUAGAAAUAUGGCCAGAAUUUUUGUCAACCCAUCGUUACUAUCCUGACCACAAAAUUGUAGAGCGAGUUUAUAGACCUCACAAUUCAAUUUUGAAGAGAAAAUUUUUCGAAGAGGGUAAAGAAAUGGUUAGGUUUAAAUUUGUGAAAGGCGAAGGCAUGGAGUUUGUUUUGGAGUGUAGAGUUAAUCCAAUUCAAGUAAUGUUGGAUGUAAGAAGAUUGAUACGAUUAGUCGAGUAUUGUUUAGAAUGUUUACCAGAUAUGUCUGUUAAACCUCCACCUGAAACUGUAAUUUUGACCAAUAAGCUUGUGCGACCUUCACAAAGCUCUUCAUCACUUAAGAGCAGCAGCAAGAAUAGCAAUGAAAAACUCAAGGUAUCUCCUUCAAGUGGCUCUCUAACUUCAUCCGAUUAUACCUCUGAUGAUGAUGGAGAUGAGAAAAGUUUCUCAUUCCUUGUAGAAAUUAGAAGCCCAAAAAUUUUUGUUCCAUCGAAUUACAGUGUCAACAAUUUUUCGGACGUAAACGAAAUAAUGUGUAUUGAUAGCCGUGAAUUAAUUAUUACAAGCGAUCCUAGAAUCAAAAAACAAUCAGAAUGGGGUAAAAAAGAUCAAGACUCUCUAUUUGCACCAAAAUCCAUUGACAGUUUUCCUUCCUGUAGCACGGAUUACAAUUCUCAGCAUACCACUCUAUGGGAAUUGCUACCUCACAAAUUUAAAGUGAAGCUUUCUGAUUUUUUAAUUCAAAUCAUGCCUUCCAUUCACUCACCUCCUCAACGAAUUAUGGAACCUCUUUCACUAACAUUUGACUUGGGAGUUAAUGAUGAAUCAAUCUCUGAAUAUCAUGCCAAGUUACCAAAGAUUGUACUAUUAACAUUUAUAGAGAAUUUGAAUUUCCACAUGAAUCAAUCUCAAGUAAUUCUAUUUUUGGAGUUUAUUAGAACAUUUGUUGAUGAUCCACCAAUGAUCAAGUCUUUGCUCAUCCAAAGUACCAAAUCAUUUCACGCACAUAACAUUGAUCUUUUUAAAAAGCCAACAAGUCAACAACCAGUCGUAGACACUCCAAAAGAAGAUAUUCGUCUAAUACCUCUCAUGUUCAUGUCUAAGAUUGCAUCUCUUGAAUUAUCCAUAACUGCCUCAUCAGCAACAAGUAUGGAAGCAUUCUUCUCAUCAAAGUAUGAUUCAUCCAUGGACGCCAAGUUAUUGACAUUACAAUUGAAUGGAGCUGAGGUACUAGUUGAGACAAAUAACAUUACAAAAACUAGUAAUUUUGUAACAGUCAAGAGUAAGAUUACUCAUUUUGAGAUCACAUCACCACAAAAUGGACAGAAUCCAUCUUCAAUUAUGGUAAGCCACAUUAAUUCCAAAACAUCACAACAGAGUCCAUAUGUUUUUGCAAUGAACCAAAAGAAAUUUUCGCCCAAUACUCCCAAAUAUAUGGUUGUGUUCAGGUAUGAGCACCCAAUAGAUUUAAACAAUACUGAGAUGAAAAUAGCAACACCAAUCUCAAACGAUGAACAAUCAGUUGAACCUCACGUAAAUUUGAAGUACUUACGAAAUGCAAGGCUUAUACUCCGAGCCAAUGGAAUUCACAUUGGUUUGAAUACUGACACUGCAUAUCAUGUCUUCCAUUUCUUAAACUCAAGAGAAAAUGCGUUUGACAUUUCUCCAAUGGAAAUUAUGAAUAGAACAGUGAAAAGAACGUACAGUAAAAUCAGAGAGAAGUAUUUACCUCAAAAGAAGAAAGCAACAGACAGCGUCUCAUCGGAAGUAUCUGCUCCAGCUCUACCACCCGAUUUUCUUGCUGUGAAAGAACAAACAGAGUCACAAGGACAACCAGUGGCUUCAUCACAAGAUUCUCAAACUGCACCACUAGACGAUCAACAACAUAUCACACCAUCUUCUGUUCCUGAAUCGUCUACAAUAGGCAAUGGCGAAAAAGUUGACAUUGGUGUCGAUGCUGCUACUCCAGCAACACCAGAAAACAUUGAAGAAACACAUGAUGACGAUUUCGAAAUUAUUACAUCUUCUCAUGCUCAAGAAAAGAAGACUAGUCCACUUGCACAAUCUCCACAAAUUUCAUUGACCAUUGAUGAUGACGGAUUCUCUUUGGUAGAUGUGAUCAUGAAGGAGAAAGAAAAGGAUGUCACGACCACCACUUCAAGGCAGAAUAGUUCAGUGACACCUGCCUCUCCAAGAAGCACAACAACAACCGCUGCAACUUUCGCAACUGAUUCAUCUUCGUCACCACGUGGUGAACGUGCCAUUGAGCCAGCAACAAUCGUUAGAAAGCCAAAAGAGAGCACAAGUGAAAUUAUUCCAGUCAUUAAGGAAGAAUUAAUACCAACUAUUAAGACCGUAGCUAAAAAGAUUAAAGAUAAGAAGAAGAAGAAAAAGGUUGAAACUAUCCAUCAUGAUGGUGAGGAAGAGGAAGAAGAUAAUCCAAAGGAUGAAGCUUACCUGGCUGCUACUCGAAAAACUUUUUAUCCCAUGCUUUUUGAUGUUUCUAUUGAGGGCUUGGAAGUCUAUAUAAUUGGAAAAGGACCAUCUCCCAAUGCUGCUGGUUUCGAAAUUAAAACUCUGGGCAUCGUUCAUGUACCGACGCGUGCAAUAAUGGAGACUGAAUCCACACCAAAAUUCGACAAUCUCUAUCGAAUUGAACAUUUAGAACGAAGUUCAAAACAAACCAUUCAAAGCUUUAGCAAUAGAUCUCAUGAAUACGAAUUGAAACUUUUUGGAAGUGAAACAAAUGUUCAUUGUCUCAUUAGAACAGAUUUACCAUUCAAAUCAUUGGAUGAUACUCAUAAUGCAUCAGCAGGUGAUAGUAAUGCCGAGAAAAAUUUACAAAUUGUACCUCUAACAUCAGCUCCUGUUGAUUUUAUGCUUGGAUUGGUGAAUGACUACACAAAACCAUUAAGUAAGAGAGGUAUUUGGUUCCAAGCUAUGGAUCCUUCUAUUGGCCAUUCAAAAGACUCUCUUCGUAUCGAGAUCAAACCUGAAAUGCUUUAUGUUAUUUCAAAAUUACUUCGAAGUCAAUUUAAGGAUAUCAAACAAUGGGCAGACAUGUUGCAAGGUUAUUUUGCACUUUUCGCUGACAAGAAAACUCUCCUCAUCAUCAAAAAGUUCCAGACCUUAGGAGAUUUGAUCGCGGAAUCGCAACGAUCAUUUACUAAAACACUUGUGGAACAUUACAAUCUUACCAAAAUAGUAGCAAACAUGCAAACAGAGCUCAACGAUAAAACAGAGGCAUUGGAGUCUGCAAUUCAGAGUAAGAUUCAUCUCACCGAAAUAUUGGCAGAAAUGCAAAAUCAACAAUCUCUCAUUAGGUCACCUUCAAAAUCUAUGCUCACUGCACAAUCUUCAACACCUAAAGUUGACGAUAACAAGAAACAAAUUUUGAUUGAAGGACCUUGUAAAGUGUUGACUCACUCUUCCCAAGAUUUCAAGAGAGUUCAUUGCGUCAUGCUUGAUACUUGCGAGAUUUUGUGCCUCACCCAAAAAUUGCCACCUACAAGCUUUGUCAAAGAUUCCACGACCGCUCUGGACAAGUAUCUAUUUUAUCAUAUGCCACUCAAAGAUACAACCGAGUAUAUUCAAACACAUGUACCCCUUGAUGAUGGAAUGCCAAAAGAAGUUUUGGCACUGAUCAAUGGAAAUGAAAAGAGACUCUUUAUUUACCCAGAAACAGCUAAUCAAUUGAAGGAUUGGGUUCGACUUGGAACAAGAACUAUUGAGGAGCUUCGUUUAAAGAAUCUUAGAAUUGAUAUUUGUGUACAGACAGAUAUCUCAAGAGAGUAUUUUGAUAAGAAGGAAAAUGAUGCAAGUAAGCAUGAGGAAAUCAUCAAUAAGGUACUCUCUGAUGAAUCAAUUGAAUAUCAAAACCGCGAAUUACGACAAAUGCAAAAACAAUUUGAAACCAUUAAGGAUUGUUUAAGGUUAGCUGCUGAAGAAGAGUUUGCAUUACGAAUUGAAUUUAGUCAACUCUAUGAGUACAUUCAAUCAUUUAGAAAUGAACAAGAAAAACGUGAACAGAGCAUUUCAACUUUCUUAGCUCAAGAAAGUGAAACUCGAAAACUUUUACUAGAACAGAAAUUGCACACCAAAAAGUUACAAUCUGAAUGCGAUUUCAGAGAUCAUAAAAUUAGAGAAUUGGAGAAUAAGUUGAAAGAGGAAAAGAAACGAUUCAAGAAAGCUCAAGAAGAGACAAAUGCACUGCAUCGAACACUACGUGAACACAUUCUUCAAUUACAACAAGAGUUACAAAAGACUCAAAUCGAUAAGAGCAAAGUGGAGAAGGAGUAUAACAUUCUAGUUAAGAGACAAAUUCAACAGACAGAAAGAGCUCUUAAAAUGGAAAAGAAGAAUGAAUCGUCGCAAGUUGUGAGAGGAGAAAUUUCUGACCAACAAUUAGUGAAUAGCGAAUUGAAGAACAUCAUUUCUGAUCUUUAUGUGCAACUAGCAGAACUCAAAGAACAAAAUCAAAUUUUGCAAAUGCAAAAUAUGGAGUUAGGAAUGAAAUUGGCAGAAAAAGAGGGUUUGUUGGGAUCGAAAUCUUCAUCUGACAACACUAUCAUUGACAAGGAAGAAUCAACCACCACAAACGAAGAUAUUACAAUCAGAGCAACUACUCCAAGCGAUGACCUUAAAUUAGAAACUGUACUUAGCUUUAGAAGUCAGCAACGAAGUCAAAGCGUAUACUCUCCACAACAUCCUCAUCAUGAAGACAAGAAACCACUCCCCCAUAUACCUCCAAAGCAUUUGCCACAACUUCCAGUAGCACCUCCAAACAGUACUUCUAGUGGUGGUAGCACCUCAUCGAUGAGAAAUUCCUCAUCAUCCUCUUCCUUGUCAUCAUCCCAGCCUUCUUCAUCAGUAUCCACUCGUUUAAAUACCAUGCGAGAGCGUGGUGCUACGUUUGCGAAUGUCCUUGGAAAUAAGCUGCGUGACACAUUCAACAAGUAA